AUGAUUUACACACAGAUAUUGGAGAUUCCUAAUCAACAAUUGGAUCGGUAUUUCAACAGCUUUAGGGAAUUAGCUGCUAGUCGCCCUUUAUCAGAACUGAGAACAGCUGAAGAACUUGAAGCUGUAGCAAGGGCAAAAGGGGAAUUCAAGAAUCAAGAAAGGUAUAUGGUUUUAGUUGAAGGUGAAGAUGAACAAAGGUCCUUCUCUCCAGUUUACUUCUUGCUUCCAAUGCUAUGCCAGAUAACAAUGGAGAUUGAUGGAUGUCGGUUAAUAGCCUCUUAUGGAGCAUAUAAAGCAGUGGUGGAGUGUCUAAUUAGGUUGGUUGAAGAAGAUGGUGGGACAGCUGAGGAGAAUGGUCCCAUUUUCUUGGCAUGUGAUACCAUUUUAAAUCUUCUUUUAAAGAGAGAGGAGAUUGGGGUCCACAUGGAUGAUUCUUAUUUUAUCAAGCUGUUGGGGUGCUGUCAUCAUGGGCAGAGGAUGAUGUUGACUGGUAAGAAUCUAAUAUUGGAUUCAACAUCCGAAACGGUUCUCGAAUGCCAUCCACAUUUUACCCUUCUAUUGGAUAAGAAACCUGAUGAGGUUCCCAUGCUUGUAGAAUCUGUGCUAAGUAAGGUCAUGGAAGAGUUUGAGAAUCGCAUCACUAGUCAAGUUGAACUGGAUUUUCGUGUUGUUUUUGAUCAAGAGUUGGGAUUGAUAUUGAAGCUAAGAGACAUGAUGAUUGGUUGGAUAUAUGAAGGGUUUCAGAGCUUCUUUAGACAGCUUAAUGAUGAGUUAAUGAAACAAGAAGGUGCCCCUUUAUAG